CCCCCCUCCCCUCCAAGUUCUUUUCUGCUCUUCCCUCUCCAACACCCCCCCCCACCCCCCAGGGCUCUGGCUUCAGCCUCAGCUGCCUUAGCAGCCCCCCGCGUUCAGGAGGAUGUCUCAUCCGCUCUGCUGGCAGAGUUCUUGAAGGAUUCAAGGAAGAAGGAGAAGUUGCUGUGGGGCCAGCUGCAGGUGGUAGAUGCCCUUCAGGGAUUCCUGGAGCACAUGGACGUGACUGUGAACACCGAAGAAGAAAUCCGGGCAGAAGCCAGUGCAGCCCAACAGCUCUGGAAGGACCUGAAGGCUGAGCACCAGAGACAGGUGGAAGCCAUUGAGGCUGCCUUGCCGCGGGCCCUAGAGCAACUGGAGGCCAGCCAGAGGAAGCAGGCUUUAUUGGGGAGUGCUCUGAGGCAGGCCCAGGCCAAAAGGCAGGCUUUGGAGGAUUGGCAGAAGAUGGCCUGGGCCCGGUGGAGGCGAGAGCAGGAAAAGCAAAGGCAGCGGUUAGUGGCUGGAGCCCAAGCCCAGAGUAAGCGCCUGGAAAAUGCCAACAAACACAGGGAGCAGGGGCUGACGCUCCAGUAUGAAGAACGAGAGAACGCCCGCAGGCUUGGUGCCUUCCUAGGACUUCUGGAGAUGCUGCACGGUGCUUCGGGGAUGGAAGAGACGGAAACCUCUCUGGAAUGCCUGCAGCAAGCUCCCUGCAGUGACACCUCCCCACCUCCACAAAGGCGUGUCCAAUAAAGCCCACACCCAGUAGCUACACUCAAAAGGCAUGCCUGUUGUUACCUCGAAGACCACAUUGUUCAAAGCACUGCCCACCUACUGGGACCCAGCCUUCUUCCUCUAGCUACUUGGCAGUGCUGCCCUCCUCACUGGGGGCUACCAGGGUGGAGGUUGCCUUGAAGCUUCGUUUGCGCUUUUGAACAUUCUGCUCAGGACGGAAGAUGAUGAUGUACACCUUGGGCACAUAGAGCAUCCCCAGGGAGACCGAGGCACUGAGGCUCAUCGACACAGUCAGUGUUGUCGUCUGGAUGUAUAUCUGAUCCAAAGAAAAGGGGUGUUGGCCCGGUCCAAACCAGCCGAUCCACCCCCUUCCCUAUCCUGUACCUGGGAUGGCCCCCAGUGGCGAAAGGACAAGAGAUGACUCUUCUGGGGAGGGUUUGGCCAAAAGGAUAGAUGGCAUUUUGGGGGUUGGAAAGGAUGGCCAGGUUAAAGGUCCAGAGGCAGGAGAGGGCCCAUUAUGGGCAGGGUGGAGGAGAAGGAAAAGGAUGAAUGAAUAAAACCCACAAGUGAACACAG